AUGCCGAGGAGGGAAAGAAGGUUGGGUGUCUCAUAUAUCACUAAUGACAAAGAGCGUGAUGUCACCUUCUUUAAGAGGCGGUUUGGUUUGUUCAAAGGUGCCACCGACCUCUCCGUCGUCACUGGCGCUAGGGUUGCUGUCAUCUUGGAGACGGAUAGAGGAAAAAUACACUCAUUUGGUACGCCAUCUGCUAAGCCCAUUGUUGAUGCUUUUUUGUCAGGAGCUCCACCAGCAGCUCCAUUUCUUGAUGAGGCAAAAGCUUCUAAGAUUGCAUUACUGCAAUCUAAGGUGGCUCAGCUGGACAUGAAGAGUGCGAUGGAGGAUAAGAGAAACAAACUAUCCAUCCAACGUAUGAAGGAGAUCCAAGAUGAGAAUCCAGGGAUGGAGGCAAACCUUAUCUUCUCAAAGGAAGAAGAUCUCUGUCUAGAAGAUCUUAACAAGCUCUUCAAUGAACUAUCAAGGGCCCAUGAGGACAUUACAAGCCGACUACCUCCAUUGCAUCAUGGCCUCGAUGCAAAAAAUGGUGGCCUGAGCAUGAAAAGGAACAUGCUACCACCAAGAGGCCAAUCACUGGAUCACAUGCACACUACUCCCCCGUCAGUGGCGCAGUAUUCAUGGUCUCACCACCUUUCGGAUCAUCAGUUGCCUUCGGUUCCACUAACGUCAGCAUGCACACAAACUUUCGCACCAGUUCUUCCUAUGGAGGUAACACAAGCUCAUAAUUCUAAACCACCAGCUUCGGAACCGCGGUAUGCUUCCAUACUGCAUCCAAUCCCUGAUAUGUUACAUGAGUUGUUUACACCCCAAGACCUACAUCUUCAAAAUUAUCCAAGUCAAUGCAACACAGUGCAGCAACCAGAAAACUAUGUUGGCCCUAAGUCAACCCCCCAGCACAAUUUGGAUUCCUACCCACAGUUAGCCAACUCUGGUGUCAAUGAAGUCUUUGGUAACACAUUUGGGUACAACCCAUGGGGCUAUCCUAUGGUAGAUCCAGUAUACAACAAUGGAUUCCCAUGGAUGGAUUCUUCCUUGGGAUAUAAUGGUGCCAAUUUAGAUCAAUCUUCCAUUGGAAAUGGUGGAUGGGGCUAUGCACCGCCAUAA